UUCCUCAUCCUGGAGCUCAGUCGGGGCGGGGUGGGUCUCGACAGUGGCAGCGAUAGUGACAGUGACUGCGCGCGUGUCGGACGGAAAUGUCGAUGUCGGACAGUGGAGCGAGCCGUCUGAGGCGGCAGCUGGAGUCAGGCGGCUUCGAGGCGCGGCUGUAUGUGAAGCAACUCUCUCAGCAGUCAGACGGUGACAGGGACCUCCAGGAGCACCGGCAGCGAAUCCAGGCGCUGGCGGAGGAGACGGCGCAGAACCUGAAGCGCAAUGUGUAUCAGAACUAUCGGCAAUUCAUAGAGACGGCCCGCGAGAUCUCCUAUUUGGAGAGCGAGAUGUAUCAGCUCAGCCAUCUGCUCACAGAACAGAAGAGCAGUCUGGAGAGCAUCCCGCUCACACUGCUUCCCGCCGCCGCUGCUGCCGGAGCCGUCGCGGCCUCUGGUGGGGAGGAGGGGGGAGGAGGGCCGGGGGGCCGAGACCACUUCCGAGGCCAGACUGGCUUUUUCCCCACUCCUGGGGGCGCCUCCCGGGAUAGUUCAGGUCCCGGCGAGGAAGGAAAGCAGCGCACCCUCACCACCCUGCUAGAGAAGGUGGAAGGCUGCAGACAUCUGCUAGAGACGCCGGGACAGUACUUGGUGUACAACGGGGACCUGGUGGAGUACGAGGCGGACCACAUGGCCCAGCUGCAGCGGGUGCAUGGCUUUCUCAUGAAUGACUGUUUGCUGGUAGCCACCUGGCUGCCACAGCGGCGGGGUAUGUAUCGCUAUAACGCUCUCUACCCCCUAGAUGGCCUGGCUGUCGUCAAUGUCAAGGACAACCCACCCAUGAAAGAUAUGUUCAAGCUGCUCAUGUUCCCCGAAAGCCGUAUUUUUCAGGCGGAAAAUGCUAAAAUCAAACGCGAGUGGCUGGAAGUGCUGGAAGAAACCAAGAGGGCCCUCAGUGAGAAAAGACGAAGGGAGCAGGAGGAGGCAGCAGUUCCACGAGGGCCACCCCAAGUGACUUCCAAGUCCAGUAACCCAUUCGAAGAUGAUGAUGAAGAAGAAGAACCAGCUACACCUGAGGUAGAGGAAGAGAAGGUGGACCUCUCAGUGGAAUGGAUCCAGGAGUUACCUGAAGACUUGGAUGUGUGUAUUGCUCAGAGGGACUUUGAAGGGGCAGUAGACCUGCUGGAUAAGUUGAACCAUUACCUGGAGAAUAAGCCCAGUCCACCUCCUGUUAAAGAACUAAGAGCCAAAGUGGAUGAGCGAGUCCGUCAGCUCACUGAGGUAUUAGUUUUUGAACUCUCUCCAGAUCGUUCCCUGAGAGGUGGUCCCAAGGCUACUCGCAGAGCAGUGUCUCAAUUAAUCCGCCUUGGCCAGUGCACUAAGGCUUGUGAGCUAUUUUUAAGAAACAGGGCAGCAGCUGUGCAUACUGCAAUAAGACAGCUUCGUAUUGAGGGUGCCACUUUACUCUAUAUUCAUAAACUAUGCCAUGUCUUCUUUACCAGUCUUCUGGAGACUGCAAGGGAAUUUGAGACAGAUUUUGCAGGCACUGACAGUGGCUGCUAUUCUGCCUUUGUGGUCUGGGCACGGUCAGCCAUGGCCAUGUUUGUGGAUGCUUUUAGCAAGCAGGUGUUUGAUAGUAAAGAGAGCCUCUCUACAGCAGCAGAGUGUGUAAAGGUUGCCAAGGAGCAUUGUCAGCAGCUAGGAGAUAUUGGACUAGACCUCACCUUCAUCAUCCAUGCCCUUCUGGUGAAAGACAUCCAGGGGGCCUUGCACAGUUACAAAGAAAUCAUUAUUGAAGCCACUAAGCAUCGCAACUCUGAGGAGAUGUGGAGGAAGAUGAACUUGAUGACUCCUGAGGCCCUGGGUAAACUCAAAGAAGAGAUGAAGAGUUGUGGGGUGAGUAAUUUUGAGCAGUAUACAGGGGAUGACUGCUGGGUGAACCUCAGCUACACAGUGGUUGCUUUCACCAAACAAACUAUGGGCUUCUUGGAAGAGGCCCUGAAGCUGUAUUUCCCAGAGCUUCACAUGAUACUUUUGGAGAGCCUGGUGGAGAUCAUUUUGGUUGCUCUUCAGCAUGUGGAUUACAGUCUUAGAUGUGAGCAGGAUCCAGAGAAGAAGGCCUUUAUUAGACAGAAUGCAUCCUUUCUGUAUGAAACAGUACUCCCUGUUGUGGAGAAAAGGUUUGAAGAAGGUGUGGGGAAACCUGCCAAGCAACUCCAAGACCUGAGGAACGCAUCCAGACUUAUUCGUGUGAAUCCUGAAAGCACAACAUCAGUGGUCUGAUACAAGGAUCAGUUUAUAUAGAAAGACAUAUAUAUUGCUAUUAUUUAUAUUUAUAUUAGGUUACAUUAGUAUAUUCUUUAUAGUCUCAAAAACAGCUUAAAAUUAAAUGAUGCCCUCUCAGAUAGAUGUGCAAAAUCUAAAGGAGAAAGAAAAAAUACUAAAUUAAGCCAAAAUAACAAAAAUGAUGGAAUUAUUAAACCAUUAUUUCCUUUUAAAUUAUGCUAC